AUGACAACUUUGUGCACAGUAGUGCAUUGACGAGCUGUCAAAAAUUAAACGCAAAUCAGAAUCGCAACAUUUUAUAUCUAAGUAUCUACUCAGUGAAAUAAUGAAGUUAUCAAUCGAAUCAUGUCGAUUACGACACAAUCACUAGUCUACGUUAGUGUUCGACGCUCGUGAUCCAGCUGUGCACGCACUCGGCGACAUGUAUUGUUUGCAAUGGCUAAUCCCUGUGCUCCUGAUCCCGAAGCCCGUGAACCCGGCUUUAGUGAACACACACGUCAUGUUCAUGGUGUUGUAUUUAAUAGGAUUCUUCCUCGAGAGGAAGCCGUGUACCGUGUGCAGUGUCGUCUUCCUCGCAGCCGUGAUAUUAAUUUGUUAUAGCGGCAUCGGUAACUGCUUGUUCUGGGCCAGUCAGUGCGAAGAGAAGUAUGAUACUUAACUGUGCCGCCAGUUCUUCCAGAGUUACCUACCCAAGUGCUCAAAAUGCAAAAUACUGCCCUUGCCAAGGAAGGGCCAGAAAAAAUCAUGAAAAUGUGAGGCUGAACAUCAACACCAUUGCCUAGUGCAUGGUUAAAAAUUU